AUGGCGUCUGUAUCCAGUCAGAAGCGUAGUAAAAUAGGAACAAAGAGUCACCAAGUCCAAGUCCAUUCUGGAAAACCAUCUGGCCGAUCAAUAUUUACUUACAAGAGAUUGUAUUUCUUGCUUGCUCUGGUCACUGUAGUCCUGCUAUCUGGAUGGGCUACUACUUCAGAGACUAUUGUUAGUGGGUUGCUGGGACGUGGUGUCAAACCAUUAAAACCUGCUCAUUUGAUCCCAUCUCUAUCUGCAAUCGAAUUCACUCUAGUAGUCUCGGCCAUUGUUGGUUUCAUCUACACCACAUUCGCUUACAGGUCUUACUAUGUAUUCGCUUGGAACUGCUUCGUCAAGCCCUUCCUUAAAUCAGGUGCUGCUAAAUCUAAACUCGACGGUCUCGAAAAACACCAGGAACGUCUAGAAGACUUUUACAAGGACCAGGCUUCCAUCUAUGAUACUACUCGAAGACGCCUAUUACGUGGCCGAAGCACAAUGUUGAAAUUAUGUGCUGCUCAACUCCGUCAAUACUAUCCUUGCUCCUUUGAUAACUUUGAGGUCGGAUCCACCUAUAAUAGUAAAGACGGUAGCCAUAGUGUAGUCGACCCUUCAGCAAUUCCAUCACCACCACUACCACCUUCCGUAUUAUCUAGACCAAACAGUGACGUUAGAUUCGCUUGGAUUGAUAUCGGUGGUGGAACUGGUGAGAAUAUAGAACGUAUGAACCUUUUCUUCCCAAUCCGUAACUUUGAUAAGGUAUACUUGGUCGACAUCACUCCCUCUCUCUGCGAAGUCGCCAGACAGCGGUUCGCUAGGUUGGGAUGGGAUAACGUAACCGUCCUGUGUAUGGAUGCUGAAAAGUUUGAAAUUCCUAAAGAAGAUCUAAUAGACGGCGAACUAGAAAUCGCUCUUAUUACAAUGUCGUACUCUCUCUCCAUGAUGGAAUCAUGCUAUGGACUGGUAGAUAGGUUGUCGACUAUAUUAUCUCCCACGGGUAUUAUCGGUAUCGCUGAUUUCUAUGUCUCGUCAAAGAGAUCAGCCGAUCCUACACGUCAGCUCUCUUGGUUUAUGAGGUGGUUUUGGUCCGUCUGGUUUGACUUGGACAACAUCUAUCUCCACCCAUCUCGUCGUGAAUAUCUAGAAUAUAAGUUCGCCACCAUAAAGAGUCUAAACGCCAAAAACCCAUUCGUCAAACCAUUCGUCAAAAUUCCAUACUACGUAUGGGUUGGUGCAUCCAAGAGUGGAUCAUCACAACUACCUCCAUUAAACAUAGGCAGCAGUGCUACCGCAACCACCGCACACGACUCUAGUGCUACCACCACUCCAACCACCACCGAUUCCAACAACCACGAAGACGAAGAUGUGGAAUCCAUGUCAUCAUCAGUCGCUUCGCUCCAUACCGUAGUAUCAACUGUAGAUCACAAGACCUUGUCUCGAGACCAUGUCCACGGUCAGGGAUUGCGAUGGAGACAAAAGUUUGAACUCAGUCUCAUCCCACGAUUCUCCACUUAUAUAUAUGCCUUCACUUGGGAGGAUCCACGUGUAGAUCUCCAAUAUUUAAAUCUUACAAAGGAGGAUCGUAUGAUGGUUAUUACUUCUGGUGGUUGUAAUGUAUUGGAAUAUGCUAUUCGGGGACCUGCAAGGAUUCACGCUGUAGAUCUCAACCCAUGCCAAAACAACAUGUUGGAACUCAAGUUGGCUGGUAUCUCUGCUCUCAACUACUCGGACUUUUGGUCUCUGUUUGGUGAAGGCUUCAUCCCCAAGUUCUCAGCUUUAUUAGACACCCAUUUAUCACCACACUUGUCGCCAUUCGCCUAUCACUUUUGGAAGCAGAACUCUGGAUUUAGUAAUUUAUACAAGACAGGUUGUUCAGGUCUAGCUAUCCGAGUCUUCCAAUUCGUAACUAAAGUCCGAGGAUUGAAAUCAGCAGUAGAACGUAUGUGUAGCGCAGAUACCGUCAAGGAGCAAAACGAGAUUUGGUUGACGGAAGUCCGGCCCCACUUCUUGUCUAAAUGGCUAGUCAAGCUAUUGAAUAAUGAUCGCUUCUUGUGGGGAGCACUAGGAGUGCCACCCGCACAAAUGUCUAUGGUAUUAGAGGACCAAACCGCAUAUGACUUUUUAGUAGAUUCUUUUGAUCCCGUAAUCGCCGAAAAGUCACUACGAGACGACAAUUACUUUUAUUACAUGCCCUUGAUGCUCCGCUACUUGCCCACCAACUGCCCCGGCUACUUGUCAGAAUCGGGCUUCGACACACUUAAAUCCAAUCCCGAGCAACUAGAUGCCAUCCGUAUUCAUACCGAUACCAUUAUAAACGUAUUAAACACGCAAUGCUAUGAUGGAGAGUUGACCAAGGUGAUUUUGAUGGAUCAUCUAGAUUGGUUUUCACCUGAAGAUGCAGAUGCUGAGAUAUCGGCUGUAGCUAAAAAGAUGAGGGUUGGUGGACGAGCAUUCUGGAGGUCUGCUGGUAAACGACCUUGGUAUAACGAGAUCUUUGAACGACGAGGAUUCCGCGUCUUCCCGUUGCAAGUGCGUGAAGGGUCUACCAUGUUCUUGGAUCGUGUUAACAUGUACCCAAGGUAUGUGCUGUGA